AUGGCUAGCCUUCGUUCCACUCCCAGUACUCUCCUUGCACGCUCACGCCCUCGUGGUGUCAAGGCAGCGAGCCUCAUCUUUGCUCCUUGUGGACGUAGUCUCGCUCACGUAGCAGAUCAUCACCACCCGUCGACAUCUGCAGAUGCUUCCUCCGUUCGUGUCAAGCCGUUCCUCCUCGAGGACCUUGUCGCAGAGGGUACGUCUGAAGAGAAGCUGCCUCAAUUCGUGCUCUCUCGCAAGGCUGGCUUUCUGCCCCGUCAGACGCCUCUGGAGCACCUGCCAAAGCAAUUCGAGACCCUGGACUCGCUGCUCAAGCGCAUGACCAUCCGCCAGUACGAUGCGAAUGGAAAGCAGUCCGGAGACGGUCUGCUUGCCAAGGGCGAGUUUGGUGACGCUGUCCAGCGUGAGCUCAAGCUGGGCGGCAUCGAGGACAAGGCGGUAAAUCAAGCUAUUGCCAGUGGAAAUCAGCAGCUUCUCUCAGCCCUCUUCCGAGACUACUGCUUUGCGACCAGCGCUUACCUCCUAGAGCCGACUGAUCAAAGCUACCGCAAGACCGGCUUCUAUUCGCCAGGUCGAGACCAUCUCCCUGCGCAGCUGGCUGUCCCCCUCACGAAGCUGGCAGACGCUCUGGGCCACCAGCCUUUCAUGGAGUACGCAAGUAGCUACGCUCUAGUCAACUACAAAUUUCGAGACCCAGCAUACACUGGCGGUGAGGCUGGUCGUUACUCCUUCGACAACAUGGACCUCAUCAGAAGCUUCGAAGACCCCUACGGUUCAGAAAGAGGCUUCAUUCUCGUCCACAUCGUCAUGGUUUCCUUCUCUGGCCAGGCACUCAGUGCUACCGAGGAUGCUCUCGUAGCAGCUGGCGAACGAGACCUGGUCCGCUUCGAAGAGGCUAUGAGCCGACUCCUCGACACCUAUCGCAAGAUCAAUAUCGCUAUGGAGACCAUGUGGGCUCGAAGCAAGCCGUCAGACUACCUCAAGUUCCGAAGCUUCAUCUUCGGCACAGCUCCUAAGGAGGGCAACCCCAUGUUCCCCAAAGGUGUCGUCUACGAAGGCACAGGAGACAAAACUGCCCGCUACUUCAGAGGCGAGAGCGGUGCCAAUGACAGUCUUGUACCCCUGCUCGACAAUCUCCUCGAGAUCACAGCUGCCUUGCCUGCCAACGAACUUACAAAGACUCUGCGAGACUUCAGAAGCUACCGACCCAAAACACAACGCGAAUAUCUUGAGUCUCUAGAGGCACGAGCUACCGCCGCUGGCGUCAAGGACUUUGCGCUAGGCCCUGCCGGCAGCGCCAAGGCCAAGGCUCUCUACCUCCUCAUGGUGGACCAGGUGCGUGAGUUCCGAAACCGCCACUGGAUGUUCGCCAGGGAGUACAUCAUCAAGCAGACGACCUUUGAGUACGCUACAGGAGGCAGUAAGAUGCUCUCCUACCUACCCCACAACCUCGGUGUCGUCCUGUCCUUCCUCGACGAGUCCUACGCCGCCUUUACCCACAAGGACGAUGCGGAGCUCAAGGCACGAGGGGAGCACAAGCUACUCGACGAAGUCCACGAAGCAGGCAAGCGAGCCGGUGUCCAGCAUCGCGUCCUGUUGCGAGAAGUCGAGAAGCUCAAACAGGAUGCUGAAGCAAAGGAGAAAGAGGGUGACCCACUGUACAAGGGGCGAGGCAUGCUGGGAGAACAGCGAGACGAUGGCAGGGGAUGGGUUGGUGCUGACGGUGUCGGAUAA